CGUCGGCACUGCUGCCAUCCUACCCGCGGCAGCUGCAUCAUCGGCGCUGCGGCUGCAGCCCCUGCAUACAGUCCGACGGCGGAGAGGAGGGGAAACAGCCCCCAAAACAAUGGCGGAGGCGAACCCCCUGAGAGGCUUCCCCAAGAUGCGCAGGACCGCGGUCUCCUUUCCUGGGAACCUCCACCUGGUGCUGGUGCUGCAGCCCACCAGCAACCUGCAGCACAGCCCCACCGACAUAGGAUUCCGCUUCAGUCAGGAGGACUUCACGCUCAAGAUGCCUGUGGUGAUGCUGAGCUCCGUCACCGACCUGCUGCGCUACAUCGAGGAUAACCAGCUGAGCUCAGAGUUCAGUGGCGUGCUGGAGUACUGCAACAGCGACUGGAUCGUUCUGCGCACGGCCAUUGAGAGCUUUGCAGUGACGGUGAAGGAGAUAGCUCAGAUGCUGCAGACGUUUGGCACGGAGCUGGCUGAGACGGAGCUGCCAGACGAGGGAAAUGCCAUCGACUACCUUCUCAUGGCGCACACUGACAAGUACAGGCAGCUCAAGGAUGACAUAAGGUCAGUGCUGAGGCAGGGUCGUCAGUUGCUCUCGAACUUGGAGGCAUCUAAAACAGCACCGGAGGACCCCGAAGGACAGAGGGACAUCAGUCAAGACUGGGACAGGGUGCAGAGGUUGCUGGCCCAGUUGCGGGACAUGGAGACGGCGUUCGACGGCUUUUUCGAGAAGCAUCACCUGAAGCUGAAACAGUACCUGCAGCUGCUGAGAUAUGAACAGAGCUUUCAUGAGAUGGAGUCCUCUUUGCACCAGAUGAUAGCGCAGGAGAAGGAGAUCGCUUGCGUGGGGUUUACAGUAGCUCAGACCGAGCAGCUGAUUAAAGAGCUGGACACUCUGGACAAGCAAGCCCAGGAGGAAAUGGGUCGCGCCCAGAUCAUCAUCCUACACGGCCACCAGUUGGCGGCCAAUCACCACUACGCCCUGGCACUGAUAGUGCAGCGCUGCAACGAGCUCCGGCAUCACUGCGACGUGCUAACCGCCUCGCUGCGCGCUAAGCAGGCUGCCCUCGGGCGUACCCGGGACCUGCUACUCCGGCUAGAGCAGACCCUACGCUGGUGCGAUGAGGGAGCCUACCUCUUGGCCAAUCAGCUGGUGGAUAAAUGCGAGUCCAAGGACGGGGCGCAGGCAGCAUUGCAGGACAUUGAGAGGUUCCAGGAGGGGGCGGUUCCUCCCCUGAGCGCAGGCCCUGAUAUUCUCAGUCUUGAAUAUGAGUCUAUCCUCACUCCCCAGCUCCAGGCCCAGAUUGGUGCAGCCCAUGACAAGUUCUCAGCCAUGCAGGGAAUGAUCCAGAACCGGCAGUCCAGCCUCCGCAAGCUGCUCGAUAAGCAGGAGCGCCCCGUCCAGCCGGUGGCUCCCCGGCCAGAACCGCGAUCCAAGUCGCCCCUGUUCUCCCCCAAACACAGUGUUGACUUUAACUCCAGCUUAAGGUUCUCUUUUGACCUCUCUCUUCCGGGAAAGAAGGCAUCCCGGAAAGGUACCAACUCGAAAAAGAUAGAGGUGAUGCAUGACUACCAGGAGAACCGCAACUCCCGCUCCUUCAGCUUCGAUGGAGACGAGAGCCCUGACAUCCUCAGCCGUCACGUGAUGAAGGAGCUGAUUGAGACGGAGAAAAUUUACGUGGAGGAGCUGCUUGCUGUUUUGUUGGGGUACAGGGCUGAAAUGGACAACCCAGCCCUCUCAGGCCUUCUUCCCCCCAUGGUACGAAACCAGAAGGAAGUCCUCUUUGGAAAUAUGCCUGAGAUCUACAAGUUCCAUAGCAGGAUCUUCCUGCAGGACCUGGAAGCAUGCUUGGAGAACCCAGAGAGAGUAGGAGCCUGCUUCUUAGAAAGGAAAGAAAAUUUCAAAAUGUAUGAACGUUACUGCCAGAACAAGCCCCACUCGGAGGCUCUGUGGAGACAGUGUUCAGACUGGCCCUUCUUUCAGGAAUGUCAGAAAAAGCUGGAGCACAAACUGGGCCUGGAUUCCUAUUUACUGAAACCCAUACAGCGGCUGACCAAAUAUCAGCUUCUGCUCAAGGAGCUGCUUAAGUACAGUGUUGGUGAUGAGGGGACUUCAGAGCUGCAGGAGGCACUCAAUGCUAUGCUGGAGCUUCUCAAAUCCGUGAACGAUUCCAUGCACCAGAUUGCCAUUACAGGUUAUGAGGGGGAGCUGAGCGACCUGGGCCGGGUACUGAUGCAGGGCUCCUUCAACGUGUGGAUCACUCACAAACGGGGUCCCACGCGCAUGAAGGAAAUAGCGCGCUUCAAGCCCAUGCAGAGGCACCUGUUCCUGCACGAGCGGGCGCUGCUCUUCUGUAAGCGCAGGGAGGAGCACGGAGAAGGCUACGAAAAGACUCCCUCUUACAGCUUUAAGCACUGCCUCAGGAUGAGUGCAGUGGGAAUUACAGAGAAUGUCAAGGGAGACAUUAAGAAGUUUGAGAUCUGGUACAGUGGUAGAGAAGAGGUCUAUGUGGUUCAGGCCCCGACCUUGGAGGUGAAGCUAGCCUGGCUUAGCGAGAUCCGCAAAAUACUCACCAGCCAGAAAAAAGUCCCGCAAGAUGAUUCUCUCCAACCCUGUCUGGCUUCGGACAGGCAUCAGAUGUCCUCGUCAUCAUCUGAUAGAUGUUGCUCUCUGUUCAAAAUAGUCCCAGGCAAGUACAGGGCUGUGGAGGAUUGUCAGCAGUAUGGGCCUGAUGACCUCAUCAUCAAGAACGGUGACCUCAUCCAUCUGUUACGGGAAGAGACUGAAGGGGUAUGGCAGGUGAAAAAUGUGAGUCGCAAUCUGGAGGGCCGGGUCCAAGCUGACAACCUGCAGGUGAUACUGGGAGGAAGCAGCAGGGGGAGCCCCAGCAGGAUAGGAGACCCAGGGAACUUGAAAACCAGGAAACUUAGCUCACCCUGAAAGAAAUCACAAGUUCACUUCCAAGUGCACCUUGGCUUUUUGACUCCUGUUAAAUUCACGGUGACCUUUGAACCCAAACAACCUAUUAUGGUGAAUAAGGCUACUUUUUGGACAGUGUAAUUUCUAGACUGAAGGUGAUAGAGGAUCCUGUCAGAUUAUUUCCUAAUUUUGUUGGAAGCCCAGCUUAGUGGUCACCACCUCACAGAUGGAUAUAUGAUUGCAUCCAGACCACGGGAUCGAUCCCCCUCCCCACCCCCAAUUUGGCAAUAUUUUUUUUCAGAUGCAGUGGACCUUGGAAAUUUGUUGCUGAUGGAGUUUGGCCCUUGGGGAAAAAUAGUGGUAAAGUCCUGCUCUAGCAAACAAAGGAGGUUCUGGAAACAUUCGUCACCUUUAUUACCUUAUACUGUAGCCAAAGGAGGCCUGUGUAUAGAACUCAUCACACAUGCAGGGAUGGCAGAAACAUUCCAAACGUCCUGAUCCUGAUCAGUCUUAAACAGAGCGGAUCGCUACCUAGCGGGUUCACUAACUCUACAUUUCAAGCGAGUUUUAGUCUUAAGCACAUGUGGAUUACAGUCGUUACAUCACACCUGGCUACUCUAUAGUUACCACUCUGCCUGCUAAACACAUGGGAUUCUUAUAAUGACUUACAACUCUUCCUAUAACAGGCUUCUCCCUUUACAGACAGAAAACCCCAAAACAGGCCCUUCCAAAGCAGGAUGGACCUAUCUUAGGCUGUUUAUGUAAAUAAAAUUGGGAGCCUGUUAAUCAUCUCCAAACAGGAAAUUGUCAGAUUCAGUGUUAGAUAUGCUUUGUAUGUGACCUACGGAAUUAUGUCUCUUUUACAGAACUCAAAUACUCUCAUGAAAUGUUUAUGGUCGUGUCAUGUGCCAUAACUAUGUAUAGAGGGAUAUUUGCAUAAAAUGUAUGUCAAUACAUGUGGUGCCAAAUGUU